CGCAGCUCACUCGUCUUUUAAACGAAUCGUUUGUUUUUUUUUAUUGUUUCAUAUAAAUUUGGUCAGUGGAAUCCGUUAAACGGUCGUUUAUGAACGGGGAACUGUUUUUAAUAAUAUUUCGCAUUGAGUAUCGAAGGUGACAUUCUUCCGUUGGUUAAGUUAGUCUUAACCGAUAUUUGAGGAAACUUGUGUAGUUCUUCCUGUGCUGUGUAAUUUGCAGGUUGUGUCCAUGCAGUGUUCUGGAAUGUGAGCAGUUUAGUGGUAGUGCUAGAGUAUAGUGUCUCGGAAUUAAUUGAUUAUACGCUGCAAUUGUCACAGUUAUCGAUUACAUCGCACAACUGUUUUGAACAAGGCUCUAUUGGAAUAGAAUUUAUGGAACGGCCACGGAAUACACGAAAGGCUCGCUGAAACGGCGAAGGGUGAAUAAACAAACACAAAAUGUGACCACCGAUUUACACAAAAGAAAGACAUUCUUCAUAUUCAUGAGUCUUAUUCAAGAUUACAUGAUUAAGAAAUUAUUUAUUGUACAUUAAUAUAACAUAACGAAUCUAGUCUCAGUAGUUAUUUUACGAACGAAACAAUCAAUUAAUUAAUGAAUCUUGAAGAGUACAAACGGGACGCAGUACAAAGAUUGUGGGGAAUACUAUCAUUGAUUUAAGAAAUAAAUUGAUAUUGUUAGUGAUUACCCAAAGACGAGAGGCAACAUGUCCGCAAGUAUAGAGAACUCGACAAUGAAGAGCAGCUUCUCGCUGUCGUCGCUGAGACCGGCGCACGCGCAGACGAACGGAGCUAUGGAUCAGCUAGAGAGACGUUACCACAGUCUCACUAAGAAGAGGAAGGAGCCAUGUCGGGAGGCCUGGCGUCGUAGUUGGGGCUCAGCGGCGAGCGGUGGCAGCGUCGCCGAUGACCUAUGGCCUCUGUUGCAACACCACUACGAGUACAUCAUGGAUAAUCAGAUCAUAGACUCGUGCAAGGAGGCGAAUGGUGAGCUGUUAUCAAACAACCCAUCAGCGAAGGGUCCCAAACUCCUGAACCCCACGUCCACCUUCAACAGACAAUGGUCUCUUAGUCAGAUGAUAUCGGAGUUCAGCGAGCUGUGCCAGUGGCUCACACACGUUCAAGAGGAGAUAUACUCUAGUCCGGAGAACUUAUCUAGCAGGAAGUUGAGAAUGAACCGUAUGUGUGAGUUGGUGUCGGUGGAGCCGCGGCGCUCCAAGUUCAUCGAGCAGGCCUCAGCGAUCCUCGAGCGCAUACCUGAAGCUGCAGCGGAGGUGACCUGGCGGGUUGAACACUUGAAUGUCAAAUGGGAAAGCUUAAGGUUGUUACUGAAUCCAGAACAACAGAACCAGUGCGAAGACGGGUCUGAUACUGUCGACACAUCUCAUGAGCUGCGUUGUCUGCGUCGCUGGCUGCACUGUAUGGAAGGCCGUCUGCCGCCGCCAUCUUUAGCGACGAGGGCGGCGCCCUACCACGAGCUGAAGAGAAAGCUUCUAGAACAUCAGGUAUUACAAAGGGACGUGGAAUGCCACCGUCGUAUUGUCAGCUCGGUGGUGAGGCUCUGCGGUGGAGCGGACGUGGCGCGAGCUCUAGAACGUCGCUGGCAUCUGCUGUAUCUGCGGGCCAUCGAGUGGCUCUGUCACCUGGAGGCCUGCAUCGCUAAGAGUGAUAAUCAGAACUGCGCUUCAAUAGAAGUAGCGAGUGAUAGUGACGACGAGCCGGCUCUGAAGCAACCGCGGCUUACAAGACGUGGCUCACCAAGACGACAGAGGACACCUAUUAAUGUUAUACGGAGGAGCAGCUCUGAAGAUAGCCGGCAGUCUGCUUCUGAGGAGGAACAGGAGUAUGCAGUGACUUACACCUGGCGCGGCUUCGGAUCGGACUGUGAGACCGAGCUGGUGAGGGACAGAGACUGCGAAAUGGACGAGAGACGUGUUCCGACCGUGGACGAGGGAGAAGACAGACAGACGGAUCAAACAGUUCCCGGCGGAGAUAAUGUUGAUGGUAUCAGUGUACGCGAAACGGGGAGAUUAGAAGAUAUACCAAGAGAAAUGAACACUCCACCUACAGUUGUCAAGAGAAAAAAACCAGUGAACACAUCGAAAUUCAAUCAGUCUGAUAGAAAAUCUAAAAAUUGUGCCACCUUCUACUUCAGACAUCACGACACGGAUUCUGAUCGACAGGUCGUUGAGACUGACGAGAAGUCGCAAGAGGAAUCGUCGGAAGAGGAAUGGACUUACGUGGACGGCCCCAAAAUAGCGAACGAAGAUUCCACAGACUUAAUGACGUCAUCCAUUGAAAUACAGUGUGACUUACCAGUGGAUAAUAAGAAAGAAAAACUUCUAUCCCCGAAGAAAUUGGAGUCCACAACGCCAGAUCUUAUAAGAGUCGAUCAGAAUUCAAGAUGUAAAGAUCUAGAACGAUUGGUCCUACAGGCUGAGGAAUUGGUUCAGAAACAAGCACAGCAACAGAUGGCUAAGAAGAAGAAUACACGAAAUUUGAAACCAUUAUCAUUUGACGAGGAAGGCAAGUCCAGCAGGGAGAAAAUGUCAAGAAUCAAGGAAUGGUUGAAUCAGAGUCCAGAAGACAAAAACGAUAGUAAUCAGUGCACUGAAAGCUACGAUGCGUCCGGGGAAUACACUACAGAGAGCGAGGUCGAUACAUCACUGACGUCAGAAGAAAGAAACAUUCAUUCAUCAAUGGACAUGAGCACAUCAACUUGUACUGUGACGCCGACGCAUCACGCCAAGGUGACGCUGCGCAAGAAGAGGAAUGCCACGCGGCCGUGGUCUGUGUCGUGUCUGUCUCAGCUGAGUGCUGGCAUUAUAGCCACGCCCACUGAUGACGUCAUUAACAUGUCCAUAUCAGAGUCCGCACUGAACACACUGGCAUCGCCUAGAAGAGUCACACCUGGGAAUUCCAGCUCUAAAUUAAGAGGAAGCUCAACUACUGUACAGGGUCACAUAUCAAGCACAAAUACUAUGACAGAGGCUUGUACGUCGUGUGUGGAGGCUAACGAUAAACAAUGUUGGUUGAGAAGGAAAAGGUUGAAACUGAAACGACAGAACAACACUAGAAGAGAGAGAUUGGUUAAGAGUCUGUCGUUUUGUGGAAGGUUGAGUCCAGAAAUUGAAGACAAAAACGAAAGAAGUGCGGCCAGUGACCCCGCCACUAGUAGGAAGAAUAGAUUCGAUACAACAUCAACUUCGGACAAUGACAGCGACGCGGAUCUUAUCAAACAGCAGUUGGCAACCAUCGCAAAUCUGAGGAAAAGCAUCGAGAAAACACACAUCUCAAGCAAAGAACAAGACAGUGCCAUCCCUGAGCAAAACGAAACAGAAUUAGUCGGCCCUAGCUUUAAACUGGGCCCCGAAGGUGGAACCGUACGACCUAGGAUGACCAAAAGUAUGGAGAGAGAGAGAACGUUUUUGGCACUUAGUCUAGGAGAUCCCAGUCAAAUGUGGGACCUCAGUGUUGAUAAAGACUCUGAGAGCAUAACUGCUGGUACCGAAGGCCAUAGUUCUUUUUCAGAACAGGCUUGGGAUUUCUAUCAGGAGAAAUACAACUCGGAACCGUAUUCUGAAGCUCCGGAUUCAGAUGCAGCGAGACGGCUGUUGGAAUUUGGCGAUGACUAUAGAGCAUUCCUGGAUUCCCAGUCUGAUUGUUGUUCUAGUCUGUCCGCACAUCCCGACGACACGAGUCCGACAACGAGACGACGACGACCGCCAUCCGACACACGGGAAAGAAGUCUGCCGAGAUAUAAACGUCCAACUAGAACAUCCCCCGUAGAAACACCAUCACGCAAACCCAAGAAAUCCAUGUCCAGCGCUGAACGGAAGAAAACACUAUUGGACAGUCUGGAAAGAUCCAGAAAUAACACUAGCAUUGAAAGCAACGAGGGGGUGAGACGAAGAAAACAGUCUGAGAACGAACGUAAGAACAGCAAACGUUCGCCCGACUUCGACCUCCUCAACGUCCAAGCUCUAAGCCGCAGACGCCACAGCUCAAACUUAACUAGCGACGAAAUUAAUAGUUCCCUGGAGUACACUGAGGUGAACAAUCGACCGGAUAUCUUGGACUCGUUGAAUAGACGUCGCAAGGAAAAAGAAGGAGGCACAGAGUUACAAAAGAUCGCUCUGUCUGAACUACGACGACGGUCGACCGGCAGCGCUGAUUCCGAGGGCGAAUCCUCUUCACCCAAACACAGCCGAAAAAAUUGGGGCGAUUCUGAUUCAGAGGCCGAUGAGGUCAAAUCUCUCGUCCGACGUUCGAGCACGCAGUUGGAGGUGACGGAGGCUUUACUGGCGCGACACGAUUCAUCGCCGGAUAUCCUGCGGGCCUUCGACUAUACGGAGGUGGUAACUCGUUGCCGCGACAACAUCAACCUUUUGGAGGUAGCUCUGUCUGAGGCGUCAUUAUCCCCAACCUUACAGAAAGAAAUAAGAGCGGUGUCGGCAAGAUGGUCGGCUCUAAGGGCUGCUGCGAUACGUCGCGGAGGCGCUCGCCGCUUACGUCGCGAGAUUGGAGCCCUAAAAGAGACUUUGGACGACAUAUGCGAGCCGGGAGACUAUGCCCCUCAGCCGCAUACACGCGCACAACUACAUAAGAGAAUUGAGGAAUUGAAGGAACGUCUAUCGCGUCUGCUAGAAUGUAAAGUCUCCAUGUUGAAGCUGACAGUGUCAGUCAGGAGAGCUCUUGGUGAGAUGGAGACAGAUGAUAGCGGAUUGACGACUGAAUUGACUUCCUUGAUCGCUGCAUGGGAUGACGCCCAUCAACGAACUUCAACGGAGUUACUGUCAUUGGAGAAGGCGGUGUCAGCUUGGGCUGAAUGGGAGCGUGCGCUGCGCGAACUGCAGGCAGCACUGCGUGGAGACCUGGCAGCUUUAGAAGCGCUGCGUGAUCGACCCGAUUGUGAUGAACUCGCCUCCCACGUUAGACAUCUAGCCGCUGCACUGUUUGAUAAGAAAAAGGGCGGUUCCACGUGUGACUCUCUAUCGGACUCGGGUAUAUCUGAUGGCGACAGUGAGGGCGCCGGACGUGCGCGUCGUCUGACCGCUCUGAGGGAAUUGGCGCGACGUCUACAAGCAGUGCUCGCUCCAAACUCACCCGCACAUAGAGCUAUAGCUAAGCGCAUGGAACAAACAGAAAAUGAAGUUAAAAUUUUGCAAGAAUCCUGCCGCGCCUUGGUCGAACAGAGUAUACCAGAUCUAAAAAUUGACGAAGUGACGCGUGAUCACACCAUCGCUGUUUCAAGUAAGAAGACGGGUGCUGGCGAUCCCGAUUACAAUCCACGCAGCGGCUGGGUGUGGCGUGUACUUCGUUCUUCUAUCCCUAUACAAUUGUGUCUGGUUGCAUUACUCCUAGCUGCGUGGCUGGUCGAGCGACCGCGGUGCUGCGAUGCCUUGAAUUCGCUCGCUCAAACCCUAACGCCACAGUUACGUUACGUCCGUGGCCCGCCCCCAGUGUGAAUCGGCCUUAUGUCAAUAGUCAGCUGUCAAACUAGAUAGACAGGAAGAAAUUGUCAAAUGUCAUCAUAUGACGAGAUGACGGUUGACCAAUUUUCGUUAUAUUUGCUAAAAUAUUUUGCGAAAUAUCAAUUAGAAAUGCAUGGUCCAACGAAAAUUUAAAAUUUGACAAAUAAAUACAUGGAAUAUUUCUAACGUUCUCGAAUAAACAUACGUGAUAGCAAUAAAUUAAGAGCUAUAAUUGCUAGGUUAAUGUUUUAUCAAAUACGCGGACUUAGGUGGAAAUGGUAAAUGCUAAGUUAGCAUUGAGGUUUAAGUUUAACCAGAAUAAGUGUGGUUCAAAUGCCGUUGUGUUAUCUGUUAUAAUAAUUUUAGUUUACUUUAAUAACUCUUAUGGAGUCUUAUUGGGUUGUGACAUCUUAAACAUCCAUUUAGUGUUAUGCUAACGUUUUUUAACUAUUUUGUACUCAAUUCAAAACUUGAUUUUGGUAAAUUAUAUUUAUACGAAGUGAGUUUUUUUGGAUUUUAUACUAACAAGCAAUGAACAUUCGUUCUAUAAUCAUUGGCGAAAUAGUAAUGGAUAUAAUUAAAGCUGGUUUUAGUCAUAGAAACAUUGCAUUUUAUUAGGACGAUUGAUAAGAAACCAAUUGCUCACGAGGAGUUCAAAAGUGUUCCAAAACAUCAUCUGUAUCAGAUGAAAUCCAAGUUAACUUUGUUAGUUACUAAUGAUAUGACAUAGUUAAUGUAAUCAUUGUAGUACAAUUAAUAUAUAGGUUGUAGUGGAGUUUGUUCGCUUUGAGUGACUUUACAAUUUACAUUGAAUGUUCUAAUGAUCUUUUCCUUCUACUAUUAUUCGGCUUAAUGAGAGCUAUAAAAAAAAAUACAUAUAUAACACAAAUUAUUUUAUUAACUACAUAAAUUCGCUUUAUUUAUAUAUAAUAAAUGUGGCCUUAUAUAUAUUAUAAUUAUAUAAAGACUGAUAGUUAGACAGACAAAUGUUUGAUAUAAAUUUUAUAUUUAUCUUAAGUACAUUUUUUAUAUUUAGCUCCAUAUUAUUUGGUAUUCUUUUUAUAAUCAUUUGUGACAUUACUAUUCAUUUAAUAAAUAGAAAACUGUCUCGAAAUAUUAUGUUAAUGUUUAUAUUUCUUUACAAUUUUGGAUGUAUAUUUAAUUUUAUUAUUUAUGAUACGUAUUCAAAGUAUUAUAAUUUUUUGUUAAAAUCAUUUACUGAAUAUGAUAUGUAACAUCUUGAUUUUUAAUUCAAAGACGCAUGUUAUGUUAACUUAUGAAUAGUUUGUGUUUAUCUAAGUUAAGGUAUCGUUAUAAUCGGUAAAAUUAAUGUUCAAAAUAUUCUUAAUAUUAAUAUCUAGUAGUAUUAGUAUAUAGCUAAUAUUUUAGUAUUAAUUUUGCCGUAUAUAAGUUUUAAAUCAGUUUGUGGCAAUAUAAAAUUCAUUUUUUCGCCAAAUAAGUCGUGUUGUAAGAAUACGUUAAAGUAAAAACAUUUUGUAAACAUAUCAAAAUGUUUAAAAAAAAAUUGUAUCUACAUUAAUUUAGUAUUUUUAAAAUUGAAAACUGUAAAAAUCUUAUAGUCUGAAACUACACAGGUAGAUACAGUGAAUGAAGUAAUUUUCGCUCUUAAAUAAAUUUAAUACAUAAAAGCUAAGAGUUAAAAAUUAUAUAAGUCUAUUAUAAAUAGAAUUGAUUUUCCAAUGAAAUGAUUUACUAAUUGAUAUCAUAAUGAUAUAAAAACUACACAAAAAAAUAUUCUACAUAAUUCAAUGGCAAUACUAUGCCUCUUUUGUGUCAUAUUCCAAUUUUUUAUUAUUAAGAUAAAUAAUGGUGUUGUAUGUAGAGGUAUUUGAUUUGGUUUGUGAGGGAUGAUAGCAUAGAAAUUCUAAGUUGCAUAACAAAAUGUUGGCUUUUUGAAUUGGAAAUAAAUAAAAAUGUUUGUA